AGAGUCUCGCGCGCUCGCGUUUCGCACCACACGAUCUCUCAGAGCACAGCAGUCGCGAAUGGACUCUCCGACCGGCUGAACAUGCCAACUGCUCUGCUCUCGCGCCGCUCGACGCUUCCGCCUAUUCUGCAUACCAGGAAUGUCCGGCACUACUUGAAUUGAGAAGCGUGAUCGGUGGUCGCGAUGGACCUCUCGGCAGAGGAAGUUUUCAUGGGGGGCUCAAACGACAGCGAGCUGGAUGACAACUACACCGUGCGGCACCUGAACGUGACCGAGGAGCUGCCGAUCAAGUACGCGCAGCCCCUGUACGGCUACGUGAUGCCCUUCCUGCUGGUCGUCACCAUCAUCGCCAACACGCUGAUCGUGGUGGUGCUGUCCAAGCGCCACAUGCGCACCCCCACCAACGUGGUGCUCAUGGCCAUGGCGCUGUCCGACAUGUUCACCCUGCUCUUCCCGGCACCCUGGCUCUUCUACAUGUACACCUUUGGCAAUCAUUACAAACCGCUCUCGCCACCCUCUGCUUGUUACGCUUGGUACGCGAUGAACGAGGUGAUACCUGCGCUGUUCCACACGGCGUCGAUUUGGUUCACGCUGGCGCUGGCCGUGCAGCGCUACAUCUACGUGUGCCACGCGCCGGUUGCGCGCACGUGGUGCACCAUGUCACGGGUGAAGAAGUGCAUCGGCUGGAUCACGGUGCUGGCCAUCCUGAGCCAGGCGACGCGCUUCGCUGACAGAAACUACGUGUCCGUCGACUUCAAGUGGCGCGGCGAGACGGUCCAGGGAUGCAGCAUGGAGUACUCCUACCUCGUCACUCACAUCAUACCCAUCGACACCUACUAUGUUACCUACUUUGGUUUCAGGGUGAUAUUCGUGCACAUGCUGCCGUGCAUUUCGCUGGUGCUGCUGAACGUGCUGCUGUUCCGGGCGAUGCGCGUGGCGCAGCAGAAGCGCGAGCGGCUGUUCAAGGAGAACCGCAAGAGCGAGUGCAAGCGGCUGCGGGACUCGAACUGCACCACCCUGAUGCUGAUCGUGGUGGUGACCGUGUUCCUGCUGGUCGAGAUCCCGCUGGCCGUGGUCACGGUGCUGCACAUCGUGUCGUCGGGCGUGACCGAGAUCCUCAACUACGAGGUGGUCAACGGCCUCAUCCUGUUCAUCAACUUCUUCAUCAUCGUGUCGUACCCGAUCAACUUCGCCAUCUACUGCGGCAUGUCACGCCAGUUCCGCGAGACCUUCAAGGAGCUGUUCAUCAGGGGCACCGGGUCGUCGGCCAUCGGCGGCACCACCGCCGCCGAGAGGACCAACACCGGCAUCGCGGCUAGCCGGAGGGGCGGCUCCAGAAAAAACGGCAGCACUUCCAAGUACUCGCUCGUCAACGGGCCUAAGACUGCGUGCACCAACGAAACCGUCUUGUAAACUCUGUGCGUGUGCAGUUUGUGAACUCGACAAUGAAUGGUGCUCAUAUUUUUCUCCAAGGACUGGUGCGAUGGUGCACGGAUUUUAAAUGCUGCAGGCUAUAUCAUAAUUUUAAUUUACAACGGUAGAGAAAGGUGCACCAAAUUCGGAAUUUUCGUAAUUAUUUAACCAAAAACCAAACCACGAUUAAUUUACAUUUUUUAACUAUGAGAUUUUACCCGCUAAAUCUCUUGAAGUUUUUUUUAAGUAGCUUUUUACUAUAUUUAAUAAAUGUUGAUUGUUUCAUCUUGACCACUGCAUAUGAUGAAAAUUGCAAAUUUAAGCUCCGUACCUCUCAUCUUCAUAAAUUGACCAAAAUAUACAGAAAUUUAAAAAUAAAUAAAUGUCUUGGCCAAUAUCUCAGAACUUCGAACGAAUAUUUAUUGUUUCUUAUUUAGACAAAAAAAUCAUCUCAUCUACGCAUCUUUCUUGAAGAACUUCAACAUUAUUCAUUUUUUCCAAAAUAAAUCAGUCGGUGAAGAACCGAGGUUGAAAAUUUCGGAGGCUGAGUUUUGCAGAUUUUUAAACCAAAGAUUGCUCAUGUGCACGGAAAUCGUGAAUUUUUGCGCACAAUUGCACAAAACUCUGAAUGAUACGCUUGCAAAUGAAUGUAAUUAUCAUAUUCGACGAGUGUUCACUAAAACACGCCGACGAUUUUAUUUAUACUACGUAUGAUAAACUGGGUGCUGGUCCAAACAAUUUAUCAUUAAACGACCUGAGUCGAAAGAGAAAUUCCAGGCCUUUUAUCUUAAUUGAGAAAAUCAGAGGGAUCAGAAUAUGUUUAAUGUUGUAACUAUUCAUGCACUUGCCAUCUAAUUGAAACAAAUCUGAAUGGGUGUAUAAAUAUGUCUCAAUAUAAUUAAAUAGUUGGAAAACACGUGAUUUGCUCACAGCUAGAUGUUAAUUAAACACAUAGAAAAAAGAUGGUAAUAAAAAUUAAUACGCAUACACACCUGUAUUAUCUGCUUAAAUGUUUUAUUCUUGUCAAAAAACGGGAAAAAAUCCUAUUGCGUGUUGAAAAUGUUAAAGAUCUAUUUAAUGGAGCUGUGUUAUUUUGUUUUCAGAACCUCUUCUAUCGAUUUAAUAAAACGUCGCGAAUGGGUGUUUACAGACGCCUGAGCCCCUUAUUUGUAAACAUCCAUUUGCCAAUUAAAUUUAUGUUUGCACCUGGAAUUCCAUCCUAUGCAUUUCUCAAUCGCUGUUAUCUCUGUCAUGAAACUCGUUGUUUUAUUGAUGUCAUAUAAAAAUCAUUGAAAAUAACAGUGCCGUUUCCAACCGAGAAAUGAUGAACAUGUAUAAUUAAUUGUUGCUCGUGGAUUCCAAAUUUUAAUGUUUUAGGGUUUGACAGUGCCAAGUGGAAAAUGAACAGUAUUAUUUAAUUUCCAAAGUUCAUUUGAGUGCGUGAUGGUCUUUUUUAUUCUCGUCCGUUUACUAUUUUACCGAGGAAUAUAGCUUGUGAAAUGCAAUGUAUGAAUAUCAUCUCAAAAUUAAAUUUCCGGUGGUGUGAAUGGGAUGUACGCAAUUUAGUCUCAAAUAAAUGUGGAGCAAAAGAAUA